GUCCAAUGCACCAAAAUCGGAUGAAAGCUUGGAGCAUAAUUACUCGGAGUUACAGGUCUGCUCUUCCGGAACAACAUCCUGCUGGGAAUGCUCCUCCCUCCCACCAAAACGCAAACACAUAUUAGUAGUGUGGAAUUAGCCAUUCCUGCCUCCAACGGACAAAGUCUCAUACACGAAUCCGACAACCCAAAGUGAACAACGGAUGGCGAAACCUACAACGAAGACCACUCCGAUGACUACGCUGAGCUUUCGAGAACUACUACGGUGGGAUUGGUGGAAACAGCAACAGCAACAGCAGCAGAAGCAUUGCUGACCAAACUGCCUGUGGCAUGUUUUGGACCACGAUGCCUUUCGGCACCAUGUGGCAUCCUCCCUACCGUUAUCAUCAUCAUCAUCAGGUGCGACAACAGCAGCAAAAGCUCCAUCGGCAGCUACGGCGACGACGAUAGUCAAUUUAAUCAAAUUAACUCGACUCACUGCCGACAACAGUCAGCGGCGCACGGUGACGAUACGUGGUUUAUGAAGGUUGGACGCCCUGUUUGGACGGAGUGUGUUGUUCUUUUUUUGUUUCGGUGGACCCAAUUGGCGGGAUAUUCAUAAAGUGCCGUGUAGUGGAGCGCGGUGAAUGGUGUACGGACUGAACACAGCAGGAAAUUGGAUAAGUGUGAAAAAGCGCGAAAAAAUAGACACCGGCUGAGGACAAACACAAACAAACAUAAAAAAAGGAAAUAGAGUGCAUUAUAGUAGAUAAAGUUAUACAAGGGAUCAUAGCUAAUUAAUUGAUUGAGAGAACGCCGCGAUGGGAUUGGUGAGCUACGCGACUGUGCUGACGUUGCUGCAUUUGCUGCACAUUCCAGCAAUGUCAGCCGUCAGUUGGGAGGAGUGGUGGACCUACGAUGGAAUCUCCGGACCAGCGUUUUGGGGCCUUAUCAAUCCGGAAUGGUCCCUCUGUAACAAAGGCCGUCGCCAGAGUCCGGUGAACCUGGAACCGCAACGUUUGCUCUUCGAUCCCAACCUCCGAUCGUUGCAUAUCGACAAACACCGAGUGAGUGGAUCGAUAGCCAACACCGGCCACAGUGUGAUCUUCACCGUGAACAAUGAAACCGCCCCGUCCAGUGGGAUACUGCAGGUUCCGGUGAACCUGACAGGGGGCCCACUAUCGUAUCGGUAUCGCUUCCAUGAGAUUCACGUCCAUUACGGACUGCACGAUCAGUUCGGAUCGGAACACAGCGUCGAGGGGUACACCUUUCCGGCGGAGAUCCAAAUUUUCGGAUACAACUCGCAGCUGUACGCCAACUUCAGCGAUGCCAUAUUUCGAGCGCAAGGAAUCGUCGGCGUGGCCAUACUGGUCCAACUGGGUGACCUCUCCAAUCCAGAGCUUCGGAUGCUCACGGACCAGCUGGAGAGGAUACGAUUCGGCGGAGCGACGGCCCCGGUGCGGAGGCUUUCAGUGCGAGAUCUCCUACCCGAUACGGAGCACUAUAUGACGUACGAGGGGUCAACGACGGCGCCAGCCUGUCACGAAACUGUGACGUGGAUCGUGAUGAACAAACCGAUCUACAUCACCAAACAGCAGCUGCAUGCGUUCCGAAGGUUGAUGCAGGGAGGGAAUGACCACCCGAAAGCACCACUGGGGAACAACUUCCGGCCGCCUCAACCGUUGUUGCAUCGUCCCGUGCGGACGAACAUUGACUUUCGAAAUAAACAGGAAAAAGGGGGAAAAAUAUGUCCAACUAUGUACAAGGACGUUCACUAUAAAGCUAAUAGUUGGAAACACAACUGAGCGCCGAAAGCGGCAACAAUCUGAGUUCGCCGGACUGAGUCUCGAAGAGAUGGGCGGCGACGGUGACGGCCGAAAUGGCAACGACGACGACGACGAUGGCGAGGACGAUGACGACAGUUUGGUCACCUUCGGUUGACCAAACUUCAUCCAAACAUGCUUCCAAUUGUACAGUGAACUAGUUGAGGAGUUCCAGAGGAUAGAAACGAAACAAAACUAAAGUCAAUACUUACAAAGUCGCUAAAAGAAAUCAGUAAAAAAAAUGUAGCUAAACGAAAUGAAACAAAUCAAAAUGUAACCAAGCCAAGCGGACGAACGGGCAGCCCGACUUGAUAAGAAACUGAAAAUAAGAUGGAUGUAAGCUUGGCAAACAAAUGUUAAGUUCUGUAUACUUUGAGUUAACUUUCGCACGCUCCCAGUCACAAUCGGAUCACGAUGGUUCUUUGAGUUGGCGUGCUGUGGUCAGCACGAACGCAUUAUUCGUUCAGACCCAACAAAUUGGCUCGAAUGGUAUGUGGGCGAGUACGAGUUUGAAUGAAUGUGCUGGAAACGAGUGAAGAAGUCAAAAUAGACGAAAUAGUGUUUGCCCUUCGUAUAGUGGUACCGAGUUCGCGAGUAGAAUAAAAAUGCAUCACGUGCGAACAUCAUUGGAUUGGGCGAGCUGGGUAGUCAAAAUGGUCGGGAGUGGAAAAUGGAAUUGAAAGUUGAAAGACUCAUGACUAGGGAGUGAAGAGUGAAGAGCCACCCUAAUCGGGGAGAUGUUUCCAGAAUAAGGGCAACCUCAUCUGUUUGUUUUUUGGGCACUUAUAUAAACUGGCAGGACCCUCCUUAGCCGUGCGGUAAGAUGCGCGGCUAUGAAGUAAGACCAUACUGAGGGUGGCUGGGUUCGAUUCCCAGUCAGAUCUGGAGAAUUGUCUCGAUUUCCCUGGGCAUAAGCUGCGAGGCGGCAAUAUCUUAGUGGAGAAUGUAAUACCAAUAAAGAAGAAAAAGAAGAAGAUAAACUGGAAAUGAUUCGGAGCUGAACUUAAAUUCAAGUUGUGCUGAAAAUAAAAUCAACAGGAAUUAGAGUUGUUUGCCGGUCUAGAAAUCGUCGGUAGGCGCCUGCGUUUGUCAUGAUUUUGCUGUUUUUUUUUUCUUUUAAGAAAUCCUCUGAACAUUCUUUGGAAUUUCUCGGAAUUAGGAAAAAUAGCAAAUUCUUUGGGAUUUCCUCGUGAAAUUCUAUGGGAAUUGCUCGGCAAAUUCUUUAAAAUUUUCUUCGGCCAAUUCUACGGAAUUUCCUUGGCGAAUUCUUCGGGAAUAACUUGGAAAAUUUUUCGGAUGUUUUUCGGGAAGUUCUUUGAGAAUUCCUCGGGAUUAACUACGAAAAUUGCUUUUUUAGUUUCCUCGGCAAAUUCUCAAAAAUUUCGUCGGCCAUUUCAUUGGAAUUUCUUUGGCAAAUUAGUCAAAGUCCUCGAAUUUUUAAGAUAACUUUUCGAGAUUCGUCUUUUUCUUCUUCAAU